AUGAGUUCGAGCGUAUGUUAUAAGUGCAACAGGAAGGGGCACUUCGCCCGCGAGUGCACGCAGGGCGGUGUCGGAGCCCUAGACGCGGGCUUCAACCGACAGCGGGAGAAGUGUUUCAAAUGUAACCGCACUGGCCACUUCGCCAGGGACUGCAAGGAGGAGGCCGACCGUUGCUAUAGAUGUAACGGCACGGGGCACAUAGCGCGGGAGUGCGCGCAGAGCCCCGACGAGCCGUCGUGCUACAACUGCAACAAGACGGGGCACAUCGCGCGGAACUGCCCCGAGGGAGGGCGGGACAACUCGAACCAGACCUGCUACAACUGCAACAAGACCGGCCACAUCUCGCGCAACUGUCCCGACGGCACCAAGACCUGCUACGUGUGCGGCAAGCCGGGGCACAUCUCGCGCGACUGCGACGAGGCCGACAGGAACUAA